GCUUUGCCAGUAUGUGCCAAUAGAUGCUGUUUAUACCUGGGUGAACGGGACAGAUCCGAAGCUUUUGGCUGAAUUGCUACAUGUCAAAGAAAGUUUAAUUCUCCAUGUGAAUUCAAGUGUCAGUUGCAGCUAUUCACAUUGUGUACCAUCACAUUUAGUGCUUGUUAGACCAUCACUCCCAUCAGGACUAUUGGUGUCAGAUUUAGAAGAAAUUGACUUAAUGUUUAGUUAUGUUUCAAGAACGUUUGUGGUAGAAAGCUAUAUUGGAAACAAGAAGAGCAACUUGACUGUUCUGGACUUUGGUAACAUUGACACAGCAAACAUAGCUUUAGCCAAAGGAAAUUUUGAAUUGAAUGGGCUGAAUUAUACAAUGAAUGCAGGUUUCAUUACUGAUGAACAUCAAUCAGAGAACAUGUUUACUUUAAGCAAUGUUGUUAUAAUGAGCAAAGUGCCAUCUGGAAAUUCUGUUGAAACCAUUAUGGAAAAACUGCCAGAUGACUUGGUAACUAUUAUUGAAAGU